GGGCGGGAAUUGAAACCGCUUCUGCUGCCGGCAAGCACUUGAUAGCUGCAAGUAUCCAGCCUGGAAGGGAGCCAUGGUGCGGCCUGUGAGGAAUAAGAAGCCAGUCAAUUACUCACAGUUUGAGAACUCCGAAAGUGAUGUAGAUGAUGAUGAUUUUGUUUCUGCAACUGGACCUUUAAAUAAGAAAUCCAGAACACCAAACGAGUUAAAACUAGAAAAACCAAAACCCAAAUUGAAGAAUCUCCAGAAAGAAGACAUCCCAUUACAAGAGAAAACUCCUAAAAAAAGGAUGGCUUUAGAUGACAAACUCUACCAGAGAGACUUACAAGUCGCUCUGGCAUUAUCAGCAAAGGAACUUCCAAUAGUCACCAUUGAUGUGGAGGGGUCUCAAGGCAGUGAAAAACAUGACAAUAGUGAAAGAGAAACAAUGGAUAAGUCUUCCCAUAUCUCCAAUUGCAGUGUAGCCAGUGAUUAUUUAGAUUUGGAUAAGAUUACUGAGGAAGAUGAUGUUCAUGGCGCUCAAGGGAUCCUUUUGGAAGGCAGUGAUGGUGACAGUGCAAAUGACUCCAAACCAGACUUUGCAACUGGUGAAGAUUCUGAAGAUGAUUCUGAUUUUAGUGAGAGUGAAGAUAAUGAUAAAGACUUCACUAUGAGAAAAAGUAAAGAAAUUAAAAAGAAAGAAAUGAAGGUUAAAUCUCCAGUUGUAAAGAAAGAGAAGAAAGCUAAAUCCAAAUGUAAUUCAUUAGUAGACUCUGCUCCAGCUGCUGUCAAAUCAGAAUCUCAGCCCUCAUCACAAAAGGUUUCUCUUUCUUCAGAGGCAACUAGGAAACCAUUACAAAUACGCAGCCCUUCAAGUGAAAGCAAGAGACCUAAGUGGGUCCCACCAGCGGUAUCCGGAAGGAGCAGCACCAGCAGCAGCCCACUGGCAGGGGAGUUUGUUAAGUCUCCAAAUCAGAGUCUCCGCCUUGGCUUGUCUAGAUUAGCACGUGUUAAACCUUUGCAUCCAAACACUGCUAGUAGCUGAGUGUGGUAGUAAAGAAAUGUUUAAGAGAAUCACAGUUUGACAAGUGUGUUUAUAUUGUAAUAUAAAGGAGUCCUUUAACCUCAUAUAAAUUAUCUCUACCCAUUUUGUGAUUAUGUUCUCUGAAAAGCUACUCAAGACUUCAAUAAGAUUUGUUUAUAAGAAUUAUCUUGUAAUAUCAUUUUCUUCUGAAGAGAAUAUUCUACAUCCUUAUAUAUAAAAUAAGUCACUGUCAUUAGUGUUUGUCUAUUUGACAUGGAGGAAGUCCACAUUAUAUGCUAUUUUUUUUUUCUAGUAACAUGAGGGUUCUUUCUAGCUUUGACUAGUUUAUGGCACUUUUGUUCAGAGUUUAUCUGGCAAAAUAAAACAUUCCAAUUUUCCCCAGGAGAUAUUUCUGGAAUAUGUUACUUAAGCUACAUUGUCAGUUUUAUUGCCAAGAUGCUUAUUGUUUUAGUCAAAUAUUUUUAUAGGAAGAAUUCAGAAUGAAUUUCCACAUUAAAACAGUUGCUAUAAUAUGACAUGUUUUCUACUUAGGAAUAGAUGGUUAUUAUUUAGCAGAUAGAAUUUCAUGACAUUUUGUGAAGUCCUUAUUG